AACAAGGAGCCAAUUUGGAAAUGGAGAAAGCAUUGAGAAACUGCAAGAAAAUUUAAAAAAUGACACCAAAUUUGACUGAAUGCAACACAUAGCUAGGAUGAUGUAUUUUCUUUCUCUGUUUCCAGUCAAAGAACUACUUUAACUCACUUCUUCUAUAUAAAGACCAACCAAUUUCUGUUCAUUUCAUCAUUCCAGAUCAAACACAACCUCCAAACCCUGCAAUGGAUUUCCCUUCACAUAUAGUAGCAAUCGCUGGUGUUAUCUCAUUAGUAUUGUUAUACAAUCUUUGGCGAUUUGGAAAAAAUGGGACAAAAAAUAAAGGGUUAUCCGUACCAGAAGCGCCUGGUGCCUUGCCGAUCAUCGGUCACCUCCAUAGGCUCGGCGGAGAAAAGACUCUUGCCCGAACCAUGGGCGAUUUGGCUGAUAAAUGCGGCCCUAUCUUCACUGUCCGGCUUGGAGCUCAUAAAGCAAUUAUUAUUAGCAACUAUGAAGCCAUGAAAGAAACUUUCACUACAAAUGAUAUUCUUUUCUCGUCUCGCCCGCCUUCCAGUCAAGCCAAAUACAUUGGUUAUAAUUAUGCAGCUUUCGGAUUUGCUCCCUACGGUACUUACUGGCGUAAUAUGCGUAAAUUGAUCAUGAUCGAGCUUUUAUCGGUGCAAAGAAUUAAGUUAAUGAGACAUGUUCAAGUAUCGGAAGUCAACAACAUGAUCAAAGACUUGUAUAGCGAUUCAAAGAAGAAGAUUGACAUGUCUGAAAUGCUGGAACAUUUGAUUCUGAAUAUAAUUACAAGAAUGGUUGCCGGAAAAAGAUAUUUCGAUGGAAAUAGUGAGGGGAGAGACGAACAUGGCAGACCAAUUGGAAAGAUUAUGAGAGAGUUUAUGUUUGUUGUAGGAGCUCUUGUACCUGGUGAUUUAAUCCCAUUUCUUGGUUGGUGGGAUAUUCAAGGGAUAAAGAAAACCAUGAAGAAAGUAUCUAAAGAAUUGGAUGUUAUUAUGUCUACUUGGAUUGAAGAACACAAGACGAAGAAGAACAAGACUGACUCAAACAAAGACUUCAUUGAUGUUAUGUUAUCAGUCAUUGAAGAUGAUACCACUUUUGGCCACAAAUGCGAUGUGAUUAUCAAAUCAACCGCAAUGUCACUCAUCGUUGCCGGUUCUGAUACCACCUCGAUCACGAUGACAUGGGCGUUAUCAAGUCUUUUGAACAAUCGGAAAACGUUAGAGCGUCUCCAAGAGGAGCUAGAUCAAAAAGUUGGAAGAGACAGAUGGGUAGAUGACUCCGAUAUUGAGAAACUGGACUACUUCUCAGCUGUGAUUAAAGAAACAUUACGCUUGUACCCACCAGGUCCAUUAGGAGUGCCUCGCGAAGCAACAGAAGAUUGUACCAUAGCCGGGUACCAUAUUCCAAAAGGUACCCGUUUGUUUACAAACUUAUGGAAAUUACACAGGGACCCGAAUGUUUGGGCAGACCCGGAAGAGUUCAAGCCGGAAAGGUUCUUAACGGACAACGCAAAUCUGGAUGUUUCCGGUCAACAUUUCGAGUAUUUACCAUUUGGUGCAGGAAGACGGUCAUGUCCUGGACUGAAUUUUGCAAUGCAAGUCAUGAACAUAACUCUUGCCAGGUUACUUCAAGCAUAUGAUUUUAGAACUCCAGGAAAUGAACCAGUUGACAUGACUGAAGGUAAAGGAAUUGCCUUGCCAAAAAUAACUCCUCUUGAAGUUGUUCUCACACCGCGCCUUGCUCCUGAGCUUUACCAACAGUUGAAUUGAAGAAAUUAGUUAUGUCGUCUGGAUUAAAUAAAGAGGGGUUAUACAUAUAUAAGAUGGACAAUUUCAAUUAAGAAUUUUAUGUGUAAUUUUAACUUCUAUGUCUUACUUGUAAGAAUUUUCAAUUUUCACUGGGUUAUGUCAGAGGAAACUGAAGCAAUAUCAUGCAAAUUUAAUUUUCUUCAUAUGCAUAAA